AUGGAGGAGCUACUGCGCUCCUUGCGCAACUUGGAGCUCGCUGUGCCCAAUGGCGAGCAAAUUGUUUCUCUCAUUGAUCCGGACCCUCGAGUUGAAAAGCAGCUAGCACAACAGCUCGCUGUACCUGCACGUGUGGAACUGGAUGAAGACAAUAGUAGCGCGCUGAUGGAUGCGGCCUUAAUGAGCGGUGCUACUGAGGCGAUGCUUCAAAAUUACAAUUCGGCGCUACGCAAAGAAAGUGAGGCGCUAACUUCGGAAAGGGAAAAGCAAGCUAAGCCCAUGCGCAUGAAGCGCAUUCCGACUAAGGCACUGAUGGCCGCCCAAGAUGCCGCGAUUCGGCGACGCGAAGAAGAACGCCGCGCGAGCACAGACGCCCAUGGGCGCCUCUAUAUGCCGCGCCAAAUCAUGGACACGGAUCAUACGUACUGCUCGCAUGCAGAUAUAUCGGCGCUGACACUCAUUGAGGCGGAUGAGCUGCAGGCACCCCACCGGCAUACGGGUCGCUACCUUCUAGUACAGGUGGCAUCGCGCCUGUGCUUGUAUGCGAGCUGCUCGUUUGUGGGACUGACGCCCGCUGGUGCAGCGCUAUCUAUCAGUCUGGCCCACUUUACACCGGACCUGCGUCUGCAUGGCGAGGCGCUCGAUGCCCUGCUACCGAUGGGCACAGUGUUGUUGAUUCGUGAGCCGUAUGUGAGCACGCACUAUAUGGGUGUGGGGGGCCCAAUUACGGGCGGCAAGGGCACCGUGGGUGUGCGCGUCGACACCCCAUCGGAUGUGCAUGUGCUGGACCAAGCCGCACAUGAGCUGCGCGGGGUCUCGUGGGCCCAAUGGAUGGAGCCACCGAGCGACGACCAGGUGGUGUGGCGGCAAGAGGGGCCGCUCGUGCGGGCUCUACGAGCAGAGAGGCCUGUGCCCUGCAUAUCCCGUGCGAAGAUCCAUGCGAAUGUGCGCACGCUGCUCGCCCAAGCACGGGCUGGGGCUGCGUGGCGUGAGGUGUGUGCGGCCGACCAGUACGGCAUGUGGGAGGGCGCCACUGGCCCGACGGCUAUGGAAGAUGCUCUGCUUCGUGCAGAUGUGCUCUUUGCGCUCCGAGACUAUGGUCACGUCCUGCAUGUGCUCGACUCGGUGGAUCCUGAGUCUGUGUCGUCGCCUCUGGCAGAUUCGGUGCGGACGCGUCGGGAGGCAGCAGCACUAGCGCUGCGUCUCACUGCCCAAGGCCCGUCUGACAAUACUCUGUAUACCAUGUUCCAGCGCACACUGGAGGACCCAACGCCGCGCUUUGACUAUGCGGAGUUCCUGGGACCGGUGGCAGUGGCCGACAUCCCCAAUGCCGGCCGAGGGCUCGUCCUCACCCGCGACGUGGACGAAGGCGAACUGCUUCUGUUCUGCCGUGCCAUUGGAAGCAGCUACAGCCAGGAUGCUGGGUGUGCUGGCGUGCCUCUAUUGCGUUGCAAUCCGCUCGCAGGCGUCACUAGCACGACGACGCAGGUCCUAGCCGCGACCCAAUGCUUGCACCUGAUGCUCGACCGUCCCGAGCUGGCCGUGGCAUUCCUGGGUCUCACGGCAGGCCCUGACACGCCGCCCUCGGACUAUGUGUCGUCGGUGUACCCCCUGCAGACGGGCCCAGUCCUUGGCGCGAAGGAAGCAGUGCAUAUGCGAGCACCGAACGUGCCAGCGCACUAUGUGAACCAGGUGCUGCGCUUUAAUGCAUUUGGGCCCGCCGCGGUGCCCGCCGCGGCGGCCGGCCAAGACCCCAUGUCGCGUUCGACCAUGCCGCAUCCACUGCCUGCCAUUUUGAACCACGCGUGUCUCCCCAACGUGUCUUCGGUCUUCUUCGGCGACUUUGUCGCUACGCGUGCCCUGCACCCCCUGCGGCGCGGCACGCAGAUCAUGCACCAGUACGUGCAAGGGGAGGUGUCGUACCAUGCGCGGCAGGCGCAGCUAUCGAAGCAUGGCUUCCAAUGCGGCUGUGCGCUGUGUCGGCUGGACGAGCGCGACGGGCAUGCGAUGCUGCGUCGGCGUGACGAGAUGCAGGCGCGCGAGUGGCCGCCCUUGCUGGAGCGCAGUCGUGCGCUGUUCAAAGGGACGCCUCCUGGUGCGGACGCGCAGGACGCGCACCGCGAGAUGGCCGCGUCACUGGUGGCCUAUGUGCAGGAGAUGGACACGACGUACUCCCAGGACCGAGGCGCGCUGCGCCCCGACCUGGUCGACGGCUGGUACCGCGCAGCGCUGCACACGCGUGUGCUGGACGAGGACGAGGCCAUGGCUUGUGCGCGCCGCAGUCUCGCGGCCACGGGCGCCGUGCUCUGUGCGGAUGGCGCGCGGCGCGUGUCGCACCUUCCCGACCUGCACUUUGAUGGGGCCAUCCGAAGCAUGCUUUUCCUCGCCGAUGUGCUAUGGGCGCGUGGCGCGACGGACGAGGCCAUGGCCUGGGUCGACACGGCGCUACAUACCCACACAUGCAUGAUUGGCGGCGGUCGCCGCUUGUUCCUGCAGCGCUGGGGCGAAGGGCGGGGCGAGCAUGCGGCCCCGCUGCACGCGUGGGAGCGCUAG